CUUCCACUUUUUAUCCUGCGUGUAAGAUGCAGACGGUCCCUACAGUUGACGUGACAGUUAAACUGGACGCAGAAGUAAAGUUUGUUUGGCAAUUUCCGUGUAAUAGGCGCCAUACAACAGAAAGUCCCGCGCUCUCCAUGCAGACACAUGUGCAAGUUGUUCCUCAGCGUUGUGAAGUGUGACGGUUCAUCACAUGAGUUCAUCACACUUUAAAACCCUGUGAAAUAGGUCUGUGUGUCAGCGCAGCUCCGUCCGUGUAUUUCCGGGUGGUGCGAGGCUGCUCCGGUACAUCCCAGCUAGCAUCGGUUGGUUCAGCCUCCCUCCUCCGUUCAGCCUCAACAACCGCCACCGGAGACCGGGACACAAACAAAACCAACCAGUCAUUAACCGAGACAGAUCUAUAAUUGAUGUGUUGUAGCUGAAAGUCAAAGCGGGGGGCAGCAGGGCGGGCAGCGGACAGGAAUUAUGGCGGCGUCGCUUCUCUCCGAGACCGACAUCAGGCACCGGUCCAUGGCGGAGGAGGAUCCGAACGGCAAUGAGCACGGGGCGGCUGCACGCAGCGCGGCGCCUCGCUGGGGACCGCAGCACGCCGGUGCUCGACAGCUGGCAAGGCUCUACUCUCCCGGUAAGCGGCUCCAGGAGUGGGUGUGUGUGAUUCUGUGCCUCUUCCUCUUCAUCAUCAACUUCUCCUUCCUCCUCCUGCACUUCUCCACCGUUCACAUCUACAAGAUCAUCCUUGGCAUCGUCCUAGGAAUAGUGACGGCAGACUUUGCGUCGGGGAUGGUGCACUGGGGGGCGGACACCUGGGGAUCUGUGGACAUCCCUGUUAUUGGCAAGUGCAUAUGA